GUGUGGUUUGUUCCUGCUUCCAUCAGUUCUCUUUAGUGUUUGCCAAUGUUGGAGGUGUAACUGGGGUCUGGCCCUGGACAAAGGUAUAGAGCAUGGCUCAAGUGAUAUUGCAGACCUCAGCGCCCCUGGCUGGUCCUGGCCUCUCCCCCGUCGUGUCCCCUGUAGCCAUGGCCAGCCCAGGACCCCUGGGUCUGCAGCCCUCUGUGAACGGCACAGGCCCCGCUCCCACGCCCGGCUGCCCUGCUCCUUCAGCUGGGUAUGGGGACGCCCCUGUGUCAGCCAGCCCACCAGGCCCACCCCAGGAGAACAUGGCAAACCCUAAAGAGAAAACUCCCAUGUGUCUGGUGAAUGAGUUAGCCCGUUUCAACCGGAUCCAACCACAAUACAAGCUGCUCAAUGAGAGGGGACCUGCACACGCCAAAAUCUUCACUGUGCAGCUGUCUCUCGGGGAGCAGGUGUGGGAGGCAGAGGGCACCAGCAUAAAGAAGGCCCAGCACUCCACAGCUUCUAGGGCUCUGGAUGAGAGCAUCCUUCCCAGGCCAGCGCCCCGCUCCCCCAAAGUGGACAUCAACAGCAACCCAGGCAGCAUCACCCCCACGGUGGAGCUGAAUGGUCUGGCCAUGAAGAGAGGGGAGCCAGCCAUCUACAGGCCCCUGGACCCCAAGCCCAUGCCCAACUACAGAGCCAACUAUAACUUCAGAGGGAUAUUCAACCAAAGGUACCAUUACCCGGUCCCCAAGAUCUUCUACGUGCAGCUGUCCGUGGGCAGUAACGAGUUCAUCGGUGAGGGCCGGACACGCCAGGCUGCCAGACACAACGCUGCCAUGAAGGCUCUGCAGGCCCUCCGCAACGAGCCCAUCCCAGAACGACCGCCACAGAGCCUGGAGGAGAAGGCGGAAGAGGAGGAGGAGGAGGGGAGUGAUGCCAGCAAAUCCGAGAUCAGCCUGGUCUACGAGAUCGCCCUGAAGAGGAACCUGUCGGUGAACUUUGAGGUCCUGAAAGAGAGUGGGCCCCCUCACAUGAAGAGCUUCCUGACGCGGGUGACUGUGGGAGAGUUCUCGGCAGAGGGGGAGGGCAACAGCAAGAAACUCUCCAAAAAGCGCGCCGCUCUCUCCAUCCUCCAGGACCUGAAGAAGCUGCCCUUCAUCCCGGUGGUGGAGAAGCCCAAGCUGCACUACAAGAAACGGCCUAAGACUAUCCUGAAGACGGGACCAGACUACGGGCAGGGCAUGAACCCUGUCAGCAGGCUGGCUCAGAUCCAGCAGGCCAGGAAGGAGAAGGAGCCAGACUACAUGCUGCUGUCAGAGAGAGGCAUGCCCCGCCGUCGAGAGUUCAUCAUGCAGUGUGUGCAGGUGAAGGUGAGCGGGGAGGUUGCCACGGGAACGGGGCCCAACAAGAAGGUGGCGAAACGGAACGCGGCAGAGGCCAUGCUGCUGCUGCUGGGCUACAAGGCCUCCACCUGCCCUCAGAGCCCCACAGAGAUGGACAACAAAGGCUGGAACGGACAAAAGGCGGUUUUCACCGAAGCAACAAGUAACACUCAGAAGGGCCUCCUCCACCUCUCCCCAGACGUCUACCAGGAGAUGGAGGCCAGCCGGAAGCAAGGAGGGGGUCCGGGCUCCGGGGCACCCAUCAACUACCUGACCCCCAAGGACAUGGGCCCCUGCUCCGCCCCUCUGGCCCCCAGCCACACCCCUUUCUACAGCAGCACGGCCGGCCCCACGGCGACGGUCGCCACGGCGGCCAUCGCUAGGGAACUGCUGCUGAACGGCUCGUCCCCCACGGCGGAGGCUCUGGGCCUGAAGGGGAAGAGCCCCACCAUGCCUUGUGUCUCCGUCCAGCCUGCCCAGCAGCUGGAGUACCUGGCCCGCAUCCAGGGCUUCCAGGUGCUGUACAAUGAUGGGCAGAAUGGCAAGGAGUUCAUGACCUACCUGACCCUCUCGCCUGUGCAGAUGACGUUCCAUGGCAUUGGGAGCUCCCUCCAAGCCAGCCACGACCAGCCUUUGAACUGGAGCCAGAUGGAUGGACGGACGGACGGACGGAUGGAUAGAUGGGUUUGUGAGGCGGCUCUAAGUGCCUUGAAACAGCUGUCGGAGCAGGGACUGGACACGGUGGACGGCCCUAUCAAAAGCAGUGAGCCGUGUGGGAGGGAGGACGGACACUGAACAGACUAACUCAGGCACCACCACUCAGGUCUGCAAGGAUUCAAAGGCUGUCGUCUAGGAGCUGCCCCCCCCCCCCUUCCUCCUCCUUCUUUCCCCAUCUUCUCCACUCCCACACACCCCUACCACCUACCCAGGACUGCCCCCGCCCCCCCCCCCCACCCAACGACCGCCGCUGUAUCCUGCAACACCUGUCAACAUGCAAUAGGGUGGAUGUGUACCGAGAAAUGACCGACUAAAUAAAAACACCAUUACCCGAGUCUAUGUGAAGACAACACUAUCCUAACACAUUACAUUUCUUAAUAAUUUCAAUGGAGUCAAAGAUCAUCAAAAGAAAAAAAAAAGAACAUGCUAAAAUGUCAAAUCAAUCAGUGAAUGAGAUUAAAAAUGCAUGGUACUGUUUCAGAUCACGGGGAAUCCAAAGUAAAUAUACAUAAACAGUUUCCCCUUCGAAUAGAUGUUUUGUUGGUAUGGUUAACACAAAUUUGUACAUCUUGCCAUUGAUGCAAAUGAAACAUUUUAGGGGAGAAAACAGACUUUACAAGGGUAUUAUGUUUCUUUUUUUUGGUUCCUUUUUUUGUUUUGUUUUUCAUUAAUCUAACAAUGCUUGAGUACUGUAUUUCAAAUGAACCAAUACCAGUGCUGUGAAAGUAGUAGUUGUCUUCAUAUAUCGUCACCCAGCUUACUUUUCAUGCUGAUAAUGAGUUCAUCUAUCUAUAUGGAUGUGAAUGACUUGCAGAAAUAUCAUAAACUGUACUGAAAAAUAACACUAUGAAAAGAUCAUGUGGAGAAAAAGAUCCAAACUGGUGUUAGACGUAAUCAGUAGAAGUGGAAAACUGCCAGAGCAGAGGUCGGGCCAAUCUUAGAGUCCUCCGGGUCUGCCUGUCCUCAUGUCCCCCACCUCUCAUGUAGCACCACUGGAAAUGCUCCAUUCAGCAUCAAUGCAGAAUAGCAUUUGGAAGCUAUGUUGAGAACAUACCUGCGUAACUACAACAUUUUAAAGACCUGGAUUCUGGAAUGCAGCUCCAGUAUUCUGGAAUGAACUCAUUCUAGAAGACUGACGUGGUAUUUCAGAAUGAAUGGAUCUAGUGAGGGCAACCGGGGGAAGAGGCCAGUCCAGUGAUUCUACAUCAGAGGAUCCCCCCCACACACAGUUUUGUCGAUCACAUCUACACCCAUUGUGUGUGUUGUAUUGACCGCCAAGGCAUCAACUGGGUGCUUUUAAUCCCUGCGUUCUGAAGCACGGACGAGGGCGUCUCGCUCCAGGAAGGUAACUACUUGAAUCACUUGUUCUCUCACAUGGACGAUGUGAGGUUGUCUUUGUUGUGAGUGGCAAUGUGUACGCAGUUAAGAAGUCUCUGUUCCAGAAAUGCAGUAAAAAUCACCUCAGUUCAUGUUGAAAACAAA